UUUCUGUUGCUUUACCGUGAUAAAAUUCUUAAAGCCCCUCCAUUCCAUGACGACUGGCAUGCUCUUGAUGGAGCGUGGACGAGGAGGUUUAUACGGGCAGAACGAAACGAGAAGAUUGAUCUGAAAACAAAG